CUCCAUGUUUGUUUUGUCCCGUCCACCAUGUUUGACAAGACAACGAUGUGGUAGUUUUCGCCGGAGUUUUCGUAAAGAAAGAACGUUAAUAUUCGGUCAAGGCGCUCUCAGAAGAACUUGAAUGGACUAAAGCUGUUGCUCUGUGUGAAAAUGGAGGAAAUCGUUGCAAGCGUGGCGGAUCUCAAGUUCGAGAUUGAGGCUCAAAUGUACAACCAAGUUGGAGUGCAACCGCUUCCUUUCCCGGGAAUGGACAAGUCUGGAGCGGCAGUGUGUGAAUAUUUUAUGAGGAAUAUGUGCAACCGAGGACCUCUCUGUCCCUUUAGACAUACCAAAGGUGAAAAGACAGUGGUUUGUAAGCACUGGCUCAGGGGUCUGUGCAAGAAGGGAGACCAGUGCGAGUUUCUUCAUGAGUAUGACAUGACAAAGAUGCCUGAAUGUUAUUUUUACUCCAAGUUUGGGGAAUGUAGCAACAAGGAAUGUCAGUAUCUUCACAUUGAUCCUGAGUCUAAAAUAAAGGACUGUCCUUGGUAUGAUAGAGGAUUCUGCAAGCAUGGUCCCAGCUGCAGACAUCGACAUGUUAGGAGGGUUCUUUGCCUGAACUACAUGUGUGGAUUCUGCCCAGAGGGUCCCAAAUGUAAACAUAUGCAUCCCAGAUUUGAGCUUCCAGUGAAGGAUGAGGGAGGUGAAAAGAAAUCCAUGAACAUCGUAUGUCAUUACUGCAAUCAGCCAGGUCAUAAAGCCUCAGGCUGCCCGUCCAAUCCACAUAAAGAAAACUUUAAGAACUUUGGUAAUCAGAGCAAUAUAAACAUUGUACCAGUCACAACAAAUGCUCAUAUUGAAACUGAACGACCAAUGAUGAGACGGCCACUGGAAUCAGUUACAUGCUACAAGUGUGGUGACAAAGGACAUUAUGCAAACAAGUGUCCGAAGUCCAGAUCAGAAGUGAUUGGAUUGUAACGGAGAUGCAGUCUUUUUAUACAGUCAUUCUGUUUGGCAGUUUAUACAUUCAGAACUAAUCUUAGAUGGACGGAAGGGGGAGAGAGGAGGAACACGUUGCUUCCCCUUCUUUCUCGCGGUUUUUUUUCUCUCUACCCUUUCCCCGUUUACACCUGCAACGCAGGCUAUUUUUCAGAGGUACAAAAUAACUUCAAAUAAAAGGAAACUCAAAAGAACAGAUUUAUGAGGUAGAAACACUCCAAAGCGAGAAAGUAAACUGAAAAUGUAUAAGGUUAGUUAUUUGUGAGCAAGAUUGAAAACGCUUUCGAAGGAAGUGCCGAUGUCAUUCGUAUUCUUUAUUUUCUGGUAAAUAAAUGGUUGAUUGUUGUUGUUAUUGUACAACUUGGAAAAAAGAGUAAUUUGUUAAGAUUCACUGUAUGAUCCUUGUGGCAAGGGUUUUUUUUUUUUGUAUAAAAUUGUAGUACGGGCCACAGACGGCAUAGCCUAUUUAAUACGCAGACGUUCUUAUUGCUUGUCACGCACUCCUACAAUGCGUGACCAGUCCAAAGAGCGUCUACAUAGGAGCUACAGACGAAAUCUCAAACUGCGCUCUCGUCUGACAGAUAGCCCAUCUGUGCUCUUGAAUUUGAACCUGUUCGGUCCUGUUCUAAUUCCGAUGACAGUCAAAGAAUUGUUACUCGUCGUUUAACAUGCAAUUGAUGGUCGUCGGAGCUGAGAAUGCUUGUGUUCAAACUCUUGUGCGUCAACUUUUGAAACUUGCCUGCGUUUCUGGCAGUUUUCUUGCGUGUUGCGAGCAGCGCAGGCCACGACUAGAAAUAUUUAUAUAUUAUUCAAACUACGCCCAGUAGCCUUAACUAUACAAUCUAUAUUUUUGAAAACGAAACGACAUUUGUCCGGUCAUUUUUCCGCAUAGCCUUUGACGAUGGCAUAGGUUUUGGAAGCAAAGAAAAUAAAGAUUCACUAAAAGUGAACUGAUACCUGGAAAAAUUA